ACCAAAUCAAUUAUUCCUGCUAUGAUAUCUUCCUUUGUCUGCAAUAGACGAAUGCAUAUUUUCACGUUGUUUAUGUGUCUGCUUCCAUCUUCAGCACACCUAGCUAGCUAAUCUCUGCAUCUGAGUUCCAAACGACCCUUCCUCAAUGCUUUCUAAAACUGUUAUCGCCCUCUUCUGUGUUUUCCUAUCUCUAGCAUUAUGCCCUUCGGAAGCACGGACUUGGGUAAAAGGAGGUUACUGGUUUGCUGAGGAGGGUGACCAUGAAAAUCAGAACCAUAAGGGGAGAUUGUUAGUGAUUGUUUUGGUUUCGAGUGGUGCUACGAUUGUUCUCCUCCUAGGCUCGGUGUGGGUGAUGUGUUAUUUGAGGAAGAGAAAGGUCAAGUUGACAGGGACGGUACUCAAGGCAAGAAAAGAAAAAGAAGCCAAAGUAAAUGGUAUAGCAACUGCUGGAAACUUAAACACCAAUGUUCCGGAUCUUGAGUCUAUAGCUAUGCUGAUAUUGAGAUGGCUACGAAUAAAUUUUCAUUUGAAAAUAAGCUAGGAGAGGGUGGAUAUGGUCCUGUUUACAAGGGUGUACUAGUAAACAAACAGGAAAUAGCAGUGAAAAAACUUUCAAAAGCUUCAACACAGGGGUUUGAGGAGUUCAAGAAUGAGGUCACACUAACAGCAAAACUACAACAUGUUAAUCUUGUGCGAGUUUUGGGAUUUUGCAUCGAAAGGGAUGAACAAAUGCUGAUCUACGAGUACAUGCCAAACAAAAGCUUGGAUUUCUACCUCUUUGACAGUGCCAGACGAUUUCUUUUGGAUUGGAAAAAGCGUGUUCAUAUAAUCGAAGGGAUUACUCAAGGACUUCUAUAUCUCCAAGAAUACUCAAGAUUGACAAUAAUUCAUCGAGACCUGAAAGCUAGCAACAUUUUACUUGACAAUGAAAUGAAGCCUAAGAUCUCAGAUUUUGGUAUGGCAAAGAUUUUCAGUAAAGAUGAACAUGAAGCAAACACCGGCCGGAUUGUGGGAACAUAUGGUUAUGUUCCGCCGGAAUAUGUUAAAAAAGGUUUAUACUCUACUAAAUCCGAUGUUUACAGCUUUGGAGUUCUAAUCCUACAAAUCAUAAGUGGCAAGAAGAAUGCCUGCUUUUAUGGUCUAAAUGAAGAUUUGAACCUCCUUGAAUAUGCAUAUGACUCGUGGAAGUCAGGAAAAGGCAAGGAGUUUAUGGAUCCAUCCCUAGAUGAUACGGUUUCAUCAUGUAAACUAAUCAGAUGUCUUCAAAUAGGUCUUUUAUGCGUUCAGGAAAAUGCAGCUGAUAGGCCAUCCAUUUUGGAGGUUUCUUCAAUGCUAAAAAGUGAGAGUGCUGCUCUUACAAUCCCCAAAAUUCCUGCUUUUUCUACAAAAAGAAACGGAGAUGAGCGAACUAAAUCUCAACUCCAGCUAGAAAAUUGUUCCAUCAAUGAUACAACACUCUCCCAAAUGGAAGCCCGGUAACCAAGCAAGGAGCCAUCUCUCUUCUGAAAUAUAGUUUCAUAAUUGGAGAGAAAUUUCUGCAUAUUCUUAAGAGUGAGAUAUAUACAUAAAAGUAUAUGUAUGUACUUCUUUCAUUGUACCAAUUUUGUAAAUCACUGCAGAACAUACAUUUUAGAUUCUUAUCAUAAUGUAGUCUUGACCUUUAGAUUCUUAUCA